AUGAAGCUCCUCUACCCCACGUCCAUCAAGAUGGACCUCGCCGCCGCCCUCCACGACCAGCCCUCCGUCCAGCUCGUCGCCUACGACCCCGCCGCCCUCAUCCCCGACGCGCACCUUGACGCCGUCGUCCUCGUCGCCUGGGCAAACACCGCCGCCAACCUGCAGCACGCCGCCGCCCACAUGCCCGCCCUGCGCUGGGUGCAGUCCCUCGCCGCGGGGCCCAAUGACGUGCUCGCCGCCGGCUUUGACCACGCCCGCGUCACCGUCACCUCGGGCUCCGGCCUGCACAACCGGCCCGUCGCCGAGCACGCCCUCGGUCUGCUGCUCAACGCCGCCCGCCGCUUCUACGAGAUGCGCGACUACCAGGUCCGCAAGGAGUGGGCCGGCCACCUCCGCGGCGACCCAACCCUGCCCGGCUACAUGUUCUCCUCGCUGCGCAACGCAAACGUGGUCAUCUGGGGGUACGGCAACAUUGCCAAGACGCUCGCACCUCACUUGCAGGCCCUCGGCGCAACCGUUCGCGGCGUGGCGCGCAAUGCCGGCGUCCGCGACGGCGUCGAGGUCUUUGCCGAGGACAAGCUGCCGGAGCUGCUGCGCGCCGCCGAUGCGCUCGUCAUGAUCCUACCGGGGUCGGAUGCUACCCGUCAUGCGCUCAACGCUGAGAGGCUGGCUCAUUUGCGCGAGCACGCGUGGGUCGUCAAUGUCGGCCGCGGCACCUCGGUCGACGAGGCCGCCCUGGUCGAGGCCCUCGAGAAGCGUCGGAUUGGCGGCGCCGCCCUCGACGUGUUCGAAGAGGAGCCCCUGCCGGUAUCGAGCAAGCUCUGGGACGCGCCAAACCUGAUUCUCUCGCCACACGCCGCCGGCAACAGGCCUCUGGGAUCCGAAGUGCUCAUUGCUGAGAAUUUGAAGCUCUUUCAGCAAGGCAAGACCUUGACCAACACGAUGCCGUAA